AUGAGGCAUGGAAUCCCAAUCCAGGUCGUCAACGACUGGCCGGGAAGCGACGAUAGAGGCGAUCGAAAGGUCCCCACGACAAUCGUAUACAACGCGGAUGGAAGCAUCUCAUCUUGGGGAUUCAUGUGUGCUGACGAUGACCACGAUACGAGCAAGACACGUCGGGGCUUCUUCAAGAUCUUUCUAGAUCCAGAGACCCUCGACGCAGCACAGCACCAGCGUCUAAGCAACGUCCCGCAAAGCACUACCCAGGCUCGCCAAUUCGUGACAGAUUAUCUGAAGCAGAUAUAUGCGCAUGUCAAAGAUAGCAUAGAAAUGCGCAUGGGUAUAAAACACGUCGGUGGAUGGGACCGUAUGGCUGUGCUGUUCCUCUUCAGUGCGCCCACGACGUGGACGAGUAUGGCUAUCAUCAACACCUUCAAAGGCGCAAUUCACGAUGCUGGAUUCGGAACUGGAGGCCCAAAACACUCAGCAUUGGUUGAUCUCACAGAGUCCGAGGCCGCAGCCGUGGCAACUCUCAAAACUGGAGCUAUAAGCCUCAAGGAAAACAGCGUAUUUCUGACCGUCGACGCGGGUGGUGGCACAACAGACCUCGCUCUGAUGCGAGCCACUUCCACAAACUCAAGCUUUCCACAGCUUUCUCAAGUCGCUGCCGUCAGCGGUGUAGGUGUUGGCUCAUCACUUAUUGAUCGCGCAUUCGCAAGACUUGUCUCGCAAAGAAUGGCCGCGAAUCCCGACUUCAAGCUUCCGGCUGAUUUUGCAGCACGCAUGGCUCGAAGCCAAGGAUUUAAGAGCGUCAAGCACAAGUUUGGCGAAAAAGUAUACAUGCAACCAGUAUACAAAAUUUUGAUGGAGGGUGUAGGAUACGAUGUGAGCCACGAAGGCCUCGGAGUUCAAGAUGGACGCAUGCUUUUUACUAAGCGAGACAUUCAAGCCCUCUUCGAUGUCCAUAUCGAAGCAAUCAUGGCCCGAAUUCACAAGCGACUUGACUGGUUGGCCGAAAAAGGCCUUUCAAAACAAGUGGUAAGGCGCUCCGGUUUGAAGCUCGACCAAAGCUCAUUGCGUAUACAGGAGUAUGUGAUUCUUUCCGGUGGGCUGGGUAGUUCAGCCUACGUCCGUGAGGUUCUCCAGGAACACUUGACCAAGCUGCAACAUCCAAAUGCUCGAAAUCUCCUUGUUAUACCCUCCCAAGACCCACAACUUGUCGUCGCUCGUGGAGUUCUCGAGAACAAGCGACAAAGGAUGGAGUCGGGGAAUAAAUCCGUGCUCAGCACUUGGAUUGCUCGAGCGAGCUACGGCGUAAUCGUUCAGGAGGUCUAUAUGCCUGCACAGCACUUCGAUGAAGAAAUUCGACAAGAUCCGUGGGACCCAAGUGUGAAGUGGGCGACUAAUCAGAUCCAAUGGUUGAUCAAAAAGGGAGAUACCGUCAACCCAGACUCUCCGUUGGUCAAACGAUUCGAAAUCAGGCUGAAAGAUGGAGACACUACACGAGCUUGGGACGCAGAAAUUGUGGUGUCCAACAACGAGGCCGAAUGGCUCCCUCGAAGCCUUAAACAAGCCGGCGUUAUGAGAUUUUGUUCUGUAAAGAGCAACCUCGCUGGCAUCGAACAACGCCAGCUCGUCCUCAAAGAAAAGCAAGGAACUUGUUUCCGGCGUGGACACAAGUUCUACAUUUGUAGGUUCGAUAUUCGAGUUAUUGUAGCUCCAGCAGACCUGAGAUUUGAGCUCUGGUUUGGGGGGACGAAGUUCUCUGGCAAUCACCAGCCUAUCUCGGUCCAAUGGGAUGCAGCUAAAGGUUGAGA